AUGGCCUACGAGCCUCGCGGAGACUACAAUGAUCGCGGCGGCGGCGGUCAAGGACAGGAUGGAGGAUUCGUCAAAGUUAGAGGUCGACAGUACCCAACUAUAAGGGCUCAUACAUUGGCGAAGCUGAGAGACCUAGCCCAAGCUACAUUAUUGAUGUUUGUAAACGGUCUGGGAUAUAUACUGGGCGCUGCGCUAACCGAGGGCCAGAUGCUGCCACCUGUCGCAAGGCCGACGAAUCCGGCAGACACCAUUCCAGCCAAACAUCUACACUCGUCCCUGAACAAGAUCAAACAUCCUGUCAACGUGGUUCGAUGGACGCCAGAAGGCCGUCGACUUCUCACCGCCUCGACCAGUGGUGAAUUUACACUAUGGAACGGCACCGGCUUCAACUUUGAGACGAUCAUGCAGGCACACGACUCGGCAAUUCGCGCGCUAGAAUACUCUCACAGUGAUGACUGGCUCGUGUCUGGUGACCACGAUGGACUCAUCAAAUACUGGCAGCCCAAUUUCAACAACGUCCAGAGCAUCAAUGCUCACUCGGAUCCGAUUCGCGAUCUGGCAUUCAGCCCCAACGACGCCAAGUUUGUCACAGCGUCCGACGACUCUACCUUGAAAGUGUUUGACUUCGCUUUGGGAUCGAUGGAGACAAAGCUGGAAGGACACGGCUGGGAUGCCAAGUCAGUCGACUGGCAUCCGACAAAGGGUCUCCUGGUUUCGGGUUCCAAGGACCAUCUAGUUAAGCUAUGGGAUCCGAGGACAGGUCGUUGUUUGACCACUCUACAUGGACACAAGAGUACGAUUACCAAAGUUCUGUUUGAAAGAGUACGGGGUAGCUGCUUGGCCACUUCUGCACGAGACCAGACGGCGCGUGUUUUUGACCUGCGCAUGAUGCGCGACAUUUGUUUGCUCAAAGGCCAUGAAAAAGACAUUUCCACUGUCGCAUGGCAUCCUGUUCACGCCAAUUUGCUAUCUACUGGCGGCAUGGAUGGCUCACUGUUCCACUACCUGCUCGACUCACCCAACACGCCAGCAGGCCAGCAGCUCACCGUGGCGCCCUACGACAGCCCGGACCCGACGACAACUCCGGCACAGUCCAUCUGGCCAACUCACAAACUCUCGUUUGCGCAUGACUACGCGAUCUGGUCGCUCGAUUGGCACCCGCUAGGCCAUGUCUUGGCAUCCGGCUCCAACGACAGAAUCACGCGCUUUUGGACACGUGCGCGCCCCGGCGACACGGACGUCUUCCAAGAUCGCUACCACAUCGGUGAAGCGGCGGCGGAGGUGCAAGGCACAUGGGACCGCCGCGGCUACCGUCGGCAGCGGCAAGAAGAAGAGCAGCAAGAGAUUGAAGAUGAGAUGGACGCGCUCGUCGACCAGGAUGCGCAACGGCCUGCCAACGGCGCUGGCGGGCUUUCCUUGCCUGGCAUUCCCGGUCUCCCGCUUGGCGGCGGCAGCAUGGUGCCUGGAAUAGGGUCGGCCGUGCCGCCGCCUCCUCUGAUCCCAGGUGUCGGCGCAAACGGCCUUGUCCCCCCGCCCGGCCAGUUCCCGCCGCCUCUUUUCCCCAUGCCAGGCAUGAACGGCGCUCCCCCGCCGCCUCUGCCGGGCUUCGACUCCAACAACCCCCCGAACCCGAUGCAGCUGCUCGAAAUGAUGAAGAAGGCGGGCAUGCCCCUCCCGCUCCCGGGCCAGCUACCGCCAGGUCUCAUACCGCCGCCCGGGGCGGGCGGCUUGCCGAUUCCCCCGCCUCCUAUUCCCAUGGGCUUGGAUAAGAACAGUGACAACGGCCGUCGACGAGCCCCUUUGCCGAGCCAGGAGGACAGCCUGCGGGAAGAGCAACGACACGGACACUACAAGCGGAUACGGUAG